GAAUUCUUACCCCCAGACCAGAAGCAGCCUUUUGAAAUGGCCCUUCCACAAUCACAGGAUCAAGCAGCAGCCAGACCAAGACGACCAGGCCUGCUUCGUUAUAUCGCCGUAGCCAUUUUGGCACUGAUAGUGCUGGCAGGUAUAGUGGUGCUCAUUAUCUGGCUGGUUGUGAAGCCAAAACGCUUUAUGUACAGUGUGGAGGAUGCUUCAAUCCACAAUUUCAACCUAACAGAUGCUAAUCACCUCUACGCCAACUUCGAUUUUAACAUAAGAGCGUACAAUCCCAACUCCAGGGUCUCCAUUUACUAUGACACCAUGGAGGUGGCUGUGGUGUACGAGGACCAGACACUGGCCACAAAUGCAGUUCAGCCAUUCAUUCAACGUCACAGAAAUGUGACUAACCUGAAAGUGAGCCUCACUGCUAAAACCGUGGCCUUGUAUGGGUCUUUGCCUAAAGACCUUAAGCUGGAGAGAAGUUCAGGGGAUAUUGAACUAGACGUAUGGAUUAAGGCGAGGAUUCGGUUCAAGGUAGGGCUGUGGAAGUCAAAUGAUCGUACCAUGAAAAUCUUCUGUUCACCUGUGUUGGUCCAUUUUUCUAAGUCCAAGAAUUUCGAGAGGACCCUCUGCGGUGUAGAACUCUAAGCAAGCCUUCUGGACCCUCUGUGCGUGUAGUUGCCAACUGGGCACGUCGGUCUCUCUUGGUUUGGACAUUUCUGGGUUUAUAAUAUGCUGUUUUGCCUUUCUGACUCUCGCCAUUGUCCUGUUGUAUAAGAGUUGAUCUUGUGAAUUG